AUGGUCGAGUCAAGCUGGGUGAUACAUCUUAACGCCGAGUGGUUGGAAGUGUUUUCUACCUUAAAAGGAACCGGACAGACUGUUUACGAUGCCUGGAGUGCCGGUCCUGACGACCAGGUUCUCCAUAACAAAUGUCCAGUUGUAGAGCAUUGGGGAUCGCUGAAUAUUCAACAGGUCAAGGUCGUGUUGGAGUCUUCUUCGGGAAAUCUCGAGCUGAUCUUCGAUGGGCAAAACACCGACAAGUUCAACUGGUUCACCAAGUCUCGUCUGGUCUCAUCCCCAUGGAACGACAUUGACACUGAACCGCAAAACUUCUUCUCGAUUGAAGGAGAUGCCUCGGCCAAAAGGUCUUUCUACAUCAACCGGAACUAUGGAGGUUGUCCAGUCGACGCCGGAUGGCUCAUGGUGGCUGACGAAGGUCCUGACGGAGUCUGUACAUGGGAGAGGGCAUCCGAGGAUCAGCUGCCUCUCAUCAUGUUUUCUAAAUUAGAUACAAACAUCAACUUUGACAGCGUUGUCGCGGAUUGUUCUACUACUGCUGAUUCGUCCCAGUUUAGCACCGACACUUUCACCGUCAUUUGCCCUUCUGGUUGUCCCGGUAGCAACGCAAACAAAGUGUGGGGAACUUACAUCUACACCGACGAUUCGAGUAUUUGCCGUGCUGCUGUUCAUGAUGGUAGAAUCACAGGCACGGGUGGACUGGUGACUGUGUACAAGUGGCCUGGACAGGAUUCCUACCUAUCUAGUAGUCAGAACGGCGUUAGUACAGACAGUUACGGCAGCUGGCCUAGAUCAUUUGCCUUCGCACCCGUUACCCAGAAAUGGCGGGACGACCUCCGCUGUGGAGACGGUUACACUACAGGAGACGGGAGUACCGCUGAGUGCGACCCUGACGGUACUGGCCCUUGCUGUUCUCCUUACAACUAUUGUGGGAACACUGCAGAUCAUUGUGACUGUGCGGAUUGUAUCGACUACCGUGAUACGGCAAGUGGCGGCCCUGAGUACACUAGUCUGGACUGCUGGAGGGACAUUUCUCACCCCCGUGCCGUACCGACUCUAGAGGGGACCGAUCCACGCUUAGACGGGUUCUACCCAUCACGUAUCAACCCAAUUGAAAAGUGUUACAUGGUAGCACGAUCUCGUGGCUUUACCGUGUUUACCGUUCAGAACGGCGGCUGGUGUGCCGGGUCUACCGAUGGACACAACACGUACGACCAGUACGGGCCUUCUUCAGCUUGUGCGGAGGACGGAGAAGGGGGACCCGGGGCCAAUCAUGUCUACCAGAUUACAGACCCCCUGGCAGAUCCCACUGAAACUUGUCAGGACGGGAAUGGAGUAUCUUACCGAGGGGUAGUAGCUGUGACCACAUCAGGCAGGACGUGUCAGGCCUGGGACAGUCAGACACCUCACGAACACAGCAGGACGGCUGCCAACUAUCCGUCAUCCGGACUGGAUGGCAACUUCUGCCGGAAUCCGGACGGGGAGUCCGGAGUUUGGUGCUACACCACGGAUCCGAACGAGAGAUGGGAACUGUGCGACGUUCCUGUUUGUGAAUCAACAUCUAGUCUACAGUCAACCAGUCUCCCAGACUUCUAUUUGGAAAUCGCACUUUUCGUGGACCCAAGCCUGGUUCAGGAGUUAGGGGGGAUCGCUGGCGCUGCAGAGUGGUCAAAAGUCGUCAUGAUCGGGGUCCAGCGAAAAUUUGACUCAGGUUCACUUGGAAAGAUUGUGAACCUCCGGUUGGUCAAGUUUAACCAAGCCGAUAACUUGGCGAUGCAGAGUGAUUCGUAUCCCAUGCUGAACUCAUUUUGUCUCUGGCAAGAAUCUCAGCCAGACAACCUGAUGUGGGAUGUGGCCGUGCUUGUGGUGAAUCGGGAUCUAACUUCCGUAAACUUCGGGAAAGGUGUUCUUGGAAGAGCAAUCCUUGGCGGCGUGUGUACUGGGCAGGACACCGAUAAAUGCGCCAUUGUGGAAUAUCGAGGGUACCAAACGAUCGACACUAUUGUUCAUGAGCUAGGACACAACAUUGGAAUGGAUCACGACGGAGAUGGUAAUGACUGUGUAGACGGGAAAGACAUCAUGAGCACACUGGACUAUGGCGGCAAGACAACCUUCUCCAGCUGCAGUGCACACAGCUUCAACAAUUUUCUCAAGAAGACAGUGACCAAUUGCCUUAACGAUGAGGCAGACAGUGUGGUAUACACGAUUCCAAGUGACACCCAGCCAGGGGAACUUGUGUCUUGGGAUGAACAGUGUGAAAAGGCCCUGGGUACGGCCUGGCAUGGAAGCGACAAGGGAUGGCGAAGUCGGGUGGGAACAGAGAUGGACAGGCUAAGGGAUUAUUCAUGCGUCAAUGCAACCAAAUUCCACGAUGACCGUGCCGACCAGUGUGCUACUCACAACGCCAACGAAACUUUUGUCCCGUACCUCAGCGUCCCCCCUCGUCUCUACUGCAAACUGACCUGUAUGUCGGAACAAAACAACGACUGGAUAGACAUGGGGAAUGUGGAGGAUGGUUCCCUCUGUCACGAGUUCGACAACGACAUCUGCAUUGAUGGCGUUUGUCGGUCGGUUGGCUGUGACGGCGUCUUUGAUUCCAACACAACUUAUGACAAAUGCGGCGUGUGUGGGGGAGACGGAAGCUCCUGUGUGAUGCUGAAUGGAAGGAAAACGUUCGAGUCGAAGAUUGGAUUUCACGACAUUGUCACCGUGCCAGAAGGCGCUAAGUUUGUGCGAGUUAAGGAGCUGUACCCCGGCAAACAUGACGAGCCGUACUGGAACAGCUAUCUGUCUGUUGCCACUCAGAACGACACGUGCAUCAUCAGCUGUUCAAUGGACUCAUCACAGCUGGAAAGCGGCUACGCCGAAGCAGCGGGAACCACCUUCCGCUACUGGCAAAAGUUAAUUAUCGACACUCCCCUUACCUUUGACGCUGAGUACCACGGAGCAGGAAGUGUGUUCACCUACGGACGUUUCCUCAGUAUCACCGAGGAGGUCUUUACAUAUGGUCCCAUCAAAGAGCCCGUCAACUUCCGAGUUAGCGAGUGGUCGGACUGUUCUCGCACGUGUGCUGGGGGAAUACAGAACAGGAACGUCACGUGUAUGAAAGCCAGUGCCGACGCCUCCGGUAUUGAAGAAGAGGUCCCUCUGUACGAAUGCAUGGAGGCAGACUACCCGUCAGCCACUAAGAUUUGCAACACCGGAUACUGCGACGGCUACUGGGACGCAGGGGCUUGGGGAUCGUGUACUACCACGUGCGGUCCGGGAAAGCGGCAUCGUUCUGUCAGAUGCAUGGCUGUGGGCAUACACCACAUCCCUAUACAAGUGGACCCGUCCCUGUGCGAUACCGACUUUAAACCGAGUAAUGAAGUAGACUGUUGGGAGGCUGGAAUGGAACCAGCGUGCCCCCUCUUCUACUGGCGAUUGGAACUGUCUGCUUGCAGCGUUACAUGUGGAAUAGGAGUUCAGUCGGCCCAGCUGAAGUGUGCAGCCCAGGAUACCCACACCGCGGUAGACAUCAGCUACUGCCAGGCUUACAGCCAACCUGACGAGCCGUCCGCACGGGCAUGUGACAUGGGCGUCUGUAACACGGCAGGUGGCAGCGGUAGCAACACCGACGUCGAGUACCAUCUGUCCAACGCUACCAUGGUGAUGUGCAGCCAUUUUGACGAGGCUACUCGCCACGCGCUGUGUGACGGCCAGGCCAGAUUCCUGCACCUCCUCCAGACUGCCGACCAAGUCUAUCACUUCACCGCGUGCCCUAAUUCUAUCAGCCUGUUCUUGCUGAUUGACCAGAACAUGGUUCCUGCCGAUCCUGCUGAGCUGCUCGUUGAAACAUCCGACGUCUACAAGUUCUACCGAGCAAAGGCUGAUGUUGUGCUAAACGAAGUGUUCCACUGUGGACAUGAGAUGGACGUUAUGAAUACGGAGGUCACAGAAAUCAGCGAGGUGGACUCAGCCGGGCCCCAGGAUGUCGACAUCACCGGGGAUUACUACCGGUUUGACUACCACAACACUGCGGUGUAAGAUUUUUUAAGUCGGCACUAAAACACUGGAUCUGAGAACGUAAUCUGUAUGGCUCGCUGGUUAAAACACAGCUAGAGCAAGUUAAGAUCCUUUUGUUGUUAUGAAUUUUAUGGAAUGCUUUGGCCUACUGUUACAGUGUGGGUUUGUUUCUGCUUUCAAACCAACAAUCGUACAUAAAAGCAGACAAAGUAACAUAUACCUCAAAAAAACUCAGGAAAGUGUGUUAUGAUUAAUAGUAUUCAGGCACAAUGCCCGUCUAAACUGACGUAUAAAUAAAACAUAGAC